AUAAACAGAGACAUUAUUCGGGAUGGUUCUAAUCCCCAGAACGAUCCAAAGUCAGUGUGGCGUGUACAUACAUCCUCAUUGUCUUGUGGCAUUGCUGAUAUACAUUUUAACCUCGUCGCCCCAUCUGCCUCUCCUUCACUUUCUGAGGAGCCCUUUGCCUCGCCCUCUUGUCUGCCUUCCACUUCUCCUUCCCGAUCAAGCCAUAUGCAUCCUCCUUACCAACUCCCAGUCCUUCCUCUUACUUCUACAGUUUCACAGUCCUCAUGCGCCUUAGGAGCAACUAAUGAACCUACCUUCCACACUACUCUCUCAGAGGAUCAAACUAAUUCGGUGCAACCUGCUUCCCCCCCGCUUACCUCAAAUCACUCCGAUUCUCUGACUAACGAACAUAUUGUCUUGAAUCGAUUCGGUGAUAAUUAUUGUCAGAAGAAUUGCUGUCAAACCAUCUAUCUCCGAGAAUUCAGUGAUCCAAAUUUGCAGUUUUGUGGCCCCGGGAUGCUUGUAUGCAAGAGUUCGGAUUCGCCUACUCUUGGGCCUGUAUCGCAAAAAAUGGAUCUAUUUGAUCCACCCGUUAUUACAAAUAUAUUAACUAAUACUGACAUCCCUUCCCAAGAUGCACCCGAUGUAUAUAGGAGCCAGACCAAUGUCUCAUCAGGUGUAUUGGCCCAUAAUGAAGUAAAUUUAUAUUUAAACAUUCUUAUCUAA